ACAGGGGUCCAGGUAGACCCGUGCUUUCCGUGUUCAGGCCAUUAUGUUUUAGCAGAGCUUUAAGUUUGUUGAUAAAUUAUCGUGGAGUUCCAGUAGCGUUUUACUACACGGGGACCGGUUGCAGAGUACAUCCGGAUGAGAUACUUUUACGCCGUUAAGCCACGGACAGUACUUAGCCAAGGCCUCGCUUGUUAGCGUUGGAAUAUCGUGAAGUCAUCCGGUGGAAUUGGAAACAACACGAGGUUACAGACAGCGUAUAGUGAUGGAUUCUGGAUUCUAUUUCCAUCCUUGUGUUAUGUACUCACCGUAAACAUAGACAAUUGUCGGCAAGUUGUGGAAUGUGAACUACUGGAGUACUGACAUCACAGUGACAUGUGCUUGUGACUUGCACAAAUCUGAUUGUGACUUGCACAAAUCUGAUUGAAAGUCUUGCCUGCAUUCGCUGCAGAAAUUGUAUAGCAAACCAUGAUGGAGGUAGAAUUCUACCUCCAUGACCAAACCGACCGUUGAUUUGAUAUGGGUCAUCCGUUCUUUCCUUAUUGUAGAAUUAUAUUAACUUCUGAUGACUAUUUGAUGGAGCAUAGAGGGAUGGAGAAAUAGAGAUUGUCAGUAACUUACAGGAGACUAUAGACACUAUGGAUAGCGCUAGUGAUUUGGAAUACGAGUAUGACACGGAUUCGACCGAAGACGCGGAGCCGUUUGAGCCCAGGACAGCGACCAUCAGGAAGAAGGAAAAAGUGGAAGAGUAUUAUGACAUCAAGGAGCAAUUGGGAAAAGGACGCUACGGCACCGUGUACCGCUGUAUCGAGAAGUCGACGGGGAAAGUAUGGGCGGCCAAAUACAUCAAAGCACUCAAGUCCAAAGACAAGGACAUGGCGCGAAACGAGAUCGACACGAUGAACCAACUCAAACAUCCCAAACUGCUGCAAUGUGUGGACGCGUUCGAGACCCCUAACAGGGUUGUCAUGGUGACAGAAUUUAUUUCAGGCGGAGAACUAUUCGAGCGUGUAGUUGAUGACGAUUUCGACCUGACUGAGAGAGAGGUUAUCAUGUACAUGCGCCAAGUGUGUGAAGGAGUACAGCACAUGCAUCAAUACAACUAUCUCCACCUCGAUCUCAAACCAGAGAACAUCAUGUGCGUGGACAAAAUAGGAACAAGCAUCAAGUUAAUCGACUUCGGGAUGGCACGGAAGUUAGACCCGGAUGAGAACGUCAAGGUGCUUUUCGGUACACCGGAGUUUGUAGCCCCAGAGGUCGUCAACUACGAGCGGAUCGGCUUCCCGACUGACAUGUGGAGUCUGGGGGUUAUCUGCUAUGUCUUACUGAGCGGUCUGUCUCCGUUCAUGGGCGACUCAAACGCAGAAACACUUAACAAUGUCACGUCGGCAGAGUGGGACUUUGAGGACGAGGCUUUUGAUGACGUAUCAAAUGACGCCAGGGAUUUCAUCAUUAAAUUAUUAAUCAAGGACAAAGAGAGUCGGCGUACAAUAUCUCAGUGUUUGGAGCAUCCGUGGUUAGCCAGGAGAACUCUGGCACACCGACAGAGCAACAGGUUACGGGGUGCAUCGCUGCGACUCAAGGGCUACAUGGCAAGACGGCGAUGGCAGAAAACGGCUACCGCAGUGAGAGCUAUUGGUCGUAUGACGGCCCUGAGGCUAUUCAGUAACCAUAAGAAAUCGACAGGUCAGGAUCCGUUGACGAGUAACGACUCAACUUCCCUGGCAGACUUGCUGAAGGCGAAGCGAGAAGAGGACGCUAACAGGCAAGCACAACAAGAAGAUCACCAGCAAAUCGAACCACAGGCUUGUGACGAUUCCAAUAUCGAUUUGAACGAUCGGGAUGAGCCACUGGUGCACCAGGCGGCCAGUGAUAGAAUAGUACAAGCAGCUCGGCCCUUGGAAAGGUAUCAAACAGAGGAUUCGCCUCCCCGCAGAGCUAUUGAUAUAGAUACAGGUGGUGAAGCAGAUAAUACGGAUGAGUCUACCAUUACUACACCGACCGUAACUCAGCUCACAACCACGCGGGAUACACUGACCAUUGACACCGAGGCACCCUUCUCAAACUACGGAAGCGACCUGACCAGUUCAGACCGCACCUCGGACUUUGCUGAGUACGAUCGAGCUUCAGACCACGGUCUUGCCGAUUUCAACAGUCAUACUUCAGACUCGGAAGACAUGGAUAUAGACGUGGACAAUCCCGCUCGGGAAGUGACCGACGCGGCCACCACGAUCCAGGCCGUGUAUCGGGGCCACAGGACCCGUAAAAGAACCUACCAACCACCUGCCAUCCACCAAGAUAUCCGUGAUUGCGAUGUCUUUGAAGGCAGCGCUGCCCGAUUUGAUUGCCGGAUCUCGGGCUUUCCUGAGCCGCAGGUGUAUUGGUACAAGGAUGGGAGGGAAAUUAAGGAGAACCGACACUUCAGGAUCGAGUUUGAAGGGGAGGAUCUGUGCUCGUUGAUUAUUCGGGAGGCGGGGCCUGAUGAUGAGGGGGUGUAUAAGUGUGAGGCUAGAAAUGCUGCAGGGGUGGCAUACAGCGAGGGUGAACUCCUUGUCGAAGUGCUUGGUGGAGACGGAUCGGAAGGAGAGGACGACGGUGCACCUUCUGAACAAAGCUUGGGCGAGAGAGCAGUGACUGAGGAUCACAUUGGACAGGUCGAGAAGGCGCAACAUAACCAGAUCGAUCUAAGAAUCCCCACAGAUGUAACCAAGACCACAGAUCAGCAGAAACAGGAAGAGAUUUCUCUCACCAACGAUUUCGUCACCUCUCCGAGUGGAAAGGACAGCCAGACGUCUUCAAACCGAUCCGAUUUUGAUUAUUUGUCCGGAGGAGAGAAGAGUUCGAGUGACUGGACACCGAGGUCUUCUCCUUGCACCAGCGCAGGCGUUAGUCCCAGCUCGUCUCUGCUUGAAUUGGAUUCCUGGUACAAACGUGGGCGAGGAAGUAAUCUAGAGUUUCAUCAUCAGACAUCGCCUAAAGGGAGUGGCAACACCGGAAAGGUGACUGAACGAAUCUCAAGAUACGAUGACAGACUGAAAGGACCGAAACAGACUGUGAAUAGUGCCCGGGCAAGUUUACGAUCAACACCAGGGACUGAUAUUACUAGCAUCAAGUCUCGCCUAGGAAGAGCAUCAUCCGGAGAGAGUGACAAACCCUCUUACGUCGCAAGCGUCGAGAGGCCAUCCCGACUUCGUCUUGCAGAGCUUGAAUCCAAACGGAAGACCCGUUCAUCCAGCGAGCCUCCUCCCGAGUUCCAGAACCAACGGGACAAGAUUCUCUCUCGCCAUUCCAAACCCGAACAGUCCAAGACCUACGACAGCAAGGCCAGUAAGAAUUACCCCAGCAGGGAGACUUACGAGUCUGCUUACAACAAACUCUUGAAGAGUUCUCGUGUUCCCUCUGCCGGCGUCAGAUCUGCUUCCCAACCUCUGAAGCCGCAGUUCGCGACAAAGAUUUCUGUGUUCUCAGGCACCGGAUCGAACGGGAAGACGGACAAAAUAUCCAGCCCCGAAUCAAAACCAGAUAAGAAGAUUUACGCUGGACGGGAGAUCAAAGUGAAGUCGUUGCCUAAAGUGGUAGUAUCCAGAGAGGAGUCCCACUUGAAAGGUCGACCUAUCGAAUCGAUCAGGGUAAACCACGACCGGACGAACGGUCGGCUCUCAAGUGACGAUUCCUUGACGGAUAGCGAGAGAUCCAGCACAUCAUCAGGCUAUCCAGAAUCCAAGAAGCCGGUCUAUCGGACCGAGAAAACUUUCGAACUUCUCGGAGACAGGGCCGUAAAUUCUCGAAAACCAGGCGCUGUUCUCGCCUGGAAAAUUGAGAAGUUCGCCAAGGGUAGUCCCCUGAAGAGUCCCCAGGAUCUGGAAGCAGAAAAGCAGCAACCAGUCAUGCAAUCGCCGGUGAGUGGGAAAUGGAACCCGACGAAUGGGACGCAGCAGAAACGAUCGCAAUCAGUGGAUAGGGCGCUGUACCCUGGACAAGGCGGUGGCUCACUUGCCGCUAAAAUUGAGAAAUUCGCGAAAAAUACAACCAGCACCCAAGAUUCAAAAUCAAAAUGGAAAACAAACGAACCGGUGAGCUCAAAGAAAUACGAGUAUAGUGCCGCUAAGGUGGCCGAUAAGGAACGGAAGAAAGAUCAAAAGCGACCAGAUGUAAACUAUGCAAGGGGUGGCGAGCUCUCGUCUGCUCGACUAAAAUACCAGGAACCUAAAGUGGCUGUCGACCAGCCCGAUCAGGGUACCAGCAGUAAAUUGCUGAGUAAUAAAAACAUAAAACUUACAAAGACUACCAAUGAAGUGCCGAGUACAAAGCAGACUACAGAUUCUGUUAUCAACGUAACGAAGGGUAGUUCCAGUACGAUUGACAUUACCAUCCCACGGGGUGUAACUGAGAAGACAAUUAAAGUAAGCGAAGCAACUGUCGUGAGUGCACCCCCUCCGGAAAAGAAGCAUCAAAUGCCAAAAGGAAAGACGCACGGCGAUCAUUCUUCUGUUAAGAGUUUAAAACCAACCGAAGUUGAAGUAGUUGUAAAGACCACAGCGAAUGAUUUAUCUGCUGGAUCGUCUGCUUUGAUAACUUCAGUGUCACCCAGUAAAACCUCGUCCCUGGGAAAAGACUCCAAGGAAAACACAUCAUCAAGGAAACCGCAAGCGAGCCCCGCCAUGAAUCGUCGAGGGGUGUUACCGGGAGGUAUCGGCAAACUCACGGCCAAAUUUGAGAACGGCAAGGCUGUAGACACAUCAAGCAAAUCACCGGCCAAGAUCGAAUCUGUAGUCAUGUCUCGGCUCAAUGAUAGGAAACAUUUAUUUGAUGGCACCGGCAAGCCAAAGAACAAUGGGAACACUGUCAAUUACAGGGAUGUUCUAUCUUCGUCAUCAGCGGGGAAAUUGAGAAACACGACCGUGUCGAGCGUUGAGAAGCCUGCCGUGGAAAUCGCCAAAUCCCCCGUUGAUGUGAAAGCGAAAUCUCCGUCUCCCCUUGCUUCCCGUUAUCAGGUGAAACCAGCAGCUGAUGAAAAACCGCCUACUUUCACCCAGAAACCCAGAGAUCAAACAGGAACAGAGGGAGGGUCCAUAUAUUUUGCUGUCUCCGUCGAGGGAAAUCCCAAACCAGAUCUGUCUUGGCACUACAAGGGGCGGACCCUCAAAGACGAGGGGAGAUAUGAGCUUUACACGGAGAAAGAUGUUUUCUUCUUGGAGAUGUUUGACUUGGAGCCGAGUGAUGCUGGAAUGUAUACCUGUCGUCUUGUGAACAAAGUCGGACGGGCCUCGGCAAUGGCAGAACUCAAAGUCACAGAAAAACCCAAGCCAGUCAUUCCAAAGGGACAGGCUCCGUCUUUCGUCCGCAGGAUUGCGGACUGCGAGGUCUGCGAAGGCGAGAAGGCCGUGUUUGAAUGCAAAGUCACAGGCGAUCCCUUUCCCGAGAUCACGUGGAUCAUGGACGGUAAGGUGGUACAGGAGGACCGACGUCAUCAGAUUACGCGCAAACCGGACGGCACAUGCGCACUGGUGGUCAGUGACAUCAGAGAAGAAGACGAUGCUGUGUACACGUGCACGGCAAAGAACGGAUUGGGCAUGGUUUCGAGCACCGCUGAGCUGAUUGUAGAAUUCGAGGCUCCGAAACCCCAAGAGCCAAAGAAAGUAAAAGCAGUCGAAAAAGCCCCAUCCAAAGCACAACCCAAGGCCUCGAUGCCACGAGAUGAGCCAAAGCCUGUACCAAAGAAAGAAGAGAAAAUUGAGCCCGUCAAACUUGAGACGAAGGACGUUAAGAGGAAUGGUACCGUCUUGAAGGAUGAAACUGACAGUCGAGUUAAGAAACGAGAUGAGGAGGUUCAUGCCGAGCCACCGCAAAACCUCCACCAUCAGCCCCGCCGAUCAUCGCUCCAAUCUGCCUCCCAAGCGCCCAAACCCCCCGAGUUUAUCCUCCGACCCCGAUCCACCCACAUCACGCCGCCCGAGACCGCCAGCUUCUCCUGCAUGGUCAAAGGGUUCCCCGCUCCCGACGUGACAUGGAAGAAGAACACCAAAGUCUUGAAGGAUGAAGGGAGGUUUGAGAUCUAUCAAGACGGAGGGGAGCAUUUCUUGGAGAUUUAUGACACUGUGGAGGAAGAUGCCGGACGGUAUACUUGCGUCUUGGCCAAUGAGCUUGGCAAGACUACAUCAAGUGCUAAUAUUGCUUUACGUGGCAAAGUCGCCAGGGACGACCCACCGAAAUUCACACAACGGCUAACGAACUGCCGCACUAAAGACGGCGGUGUCGCCCGAUUCUCCUGCCGUGUGUCCGGCGAGCCGGCCCCUACUAUUCAGUGGCUGUUCCUCGGUAAGGAAAUCUCCCCCGACGACGAUAUCUACGAGAUCGCGUUUGACGGCGAGAAGGCUACGCUGGUUCUACCGGAGGUGCUGCCCGAGGAUGAAGGGGAGUAUGAGUGUAUUGCGCGCAACAGGGCUGGGGAGGCGUCGUGCAGAGCUAGACUGAGCGUGGAAAUCCCUCCUUGUGAACCGACUGAACCCGUUGAGGCUGCCCUUCCAACCGAACCCGUGUCAGCGGUUCAAGCGAUGAAGAAAAUGCCCUGGGAAUUGCAAAGGAAGACUUCAAGAACGGAAAUAUUCCUCCAAACUACUCCAUCGGAGUCUGAGGAGGAGGUGUUGAAACCAAAAGAUGAGCCCAAGCAAGAGGAACAAGCCAAAGAUGUUACGGAAGAUUCAGAAGCAGCUUCCUCUUCAAAUUCUGAGGAUGAGUUGCCCAAAUCCGAGACUGUUACCAAUCCCAAGGAGCAGGUGCUGGAUGUUGAGAAAGACUUAGAAGCGAAGAGUGAAUCACCAAAUGAACCAAGUUUGCUGGACAACCAAGAUGCUGUUGAUGUGCAAGAAGACCCUCGAGUUGAACUUGAGUUAGUUCCAGAUUCAGAACCAAUCCUGCAAACGAAACCUGUGCAGGAACCUGAAGAACUUUCGGUCGAAAGAUCUGUUGCCGACAUGGGCACUCUUUCCGUUCAGAUCGAAGCUAACAAAAAUGAAGCAGUGCCUUCGAGUUUGGAUCUGCAACUCGAGCUGGAAUCAGAAUCAGAAUCGGAACCGGAAGCCAGUCUGAGAAUUGUGGAAUCAACUCAAGUCAAGAAGGAACUCCAACAGCCUGAGAGAAACGAAGAACCUGAAGUGGCAGACAUUGCUCCGGAGAUGCUAUCCGAGUCUCAUCUUGAUGGUCUGUCUGAAAUUGAGGUCUCUGUAGCUGAAAGCCAGGAUCUUGAAUCCGUCACUGAUGACAAGAAUGUAGAACUUGUUCUUGGAGAUGCCGUAGAGGAGCCAGCAAUCAAAGCUGAGUCCAAGACUAACGAGGAAUCUGUCCCUUCCGUGACAGAUUCUCAGACAAAACCAGAGUUCCUUCAGACACCCAGUGAUGUGGAGGUGAUGGAUGGUAGUCCAUUGGCUCUCACUGUAAAAGUCAAAGGGACACCAGAGCCCGAAGUCAUGUGGAUCUUUGACAGCUGUGAGAUCUUGGAGGAUGAUGACUUCAAACUCCUUCAUGAUGGCGAGCUUCAUUCCUUGGUCAUCCGUGAGGUCUACCCCGAGGACGCUGGGGUCUACUUCUGUAAGGCGUUCAACGCGGCGGGCGAGGAUCAGUGUUCUGCCAAGAUCGUCGUAAAAGACCCAGUUUGUCCGGGGUCUCCUCCCAGAUUCACGCAAAAGCCACGGUCGGUGACAGUAGAUGAAGGCAGUAGCCUGAGAAUCACCUGUAAGGUGGAAGGCGAUCCGGAGCCCGCAAUCUCCUGGGCCAAAGAUGGUCGCAUCAUCUCGCCAGGACAGCGGAUCCUCAUGAAGAAGCUUGGUAUCGGAAGUAGUCUAAGGAUCCUUCAGAUUCCUGCCGCCUUGGCGACGGAUGCUGGGUCUUAUGCCUGUACGGUCAGUAACUCCUUCGGCGAGGAGAAGUGCACUGUGUCGGUGGUUGUGCAUGCUUUGGAAGAGGAGCAGACAGAUUUUAGACAACUGUUGAAAUCAAGACCGCGACUUCAGAAUAUCAACAACAACAACACCAUCAACAGCAGCACGGACAAAAGCUCGCCAGAAUCCGACUCGCAACAAUUAGACUUCCGUCACGUGCUCACACGUCACGUGCAGACCAAGAAGGUGCCAAAGGUCAUCGAGGGGUUAAAGGACAUGCGCAUUAAGGAGGGAGAAUUGGCGGUGUUUCAGUGUAGGGUGGAGGGGACACCAAAGCCUACCAUUGCUUGGACGGUAGAUGGCAGGGAAAUCAAAGAGUCGAAAUACUUCAAAAUGACGACUGAAGGCACGCUGGUGAAACUGACAAUAACCGAAGCUUUCCCUGAGGACGAGGGUGAAUACUCGUGCAUUGCUUCCAAUACAGCUGGUCAGGACAAGACAACUUCAGAUCUCAAGAUUGUCCCGUGGGAAGAGGACGAAAAUGAUGAUGAGGAAUUUCUCAGGUCCCAAGUAUCGUCAUCCAAAGCCACCAGCAGCCCUCGAGAUCAUCUUGACGAAGUCUUCAAGAGGACACUGACAAUAUCCGAGGAUGACGACGAUGUUGAUGCAGAUAAUCCCGGCACCCCACCCCGACCCGCCAUUACAGUCACCGAAGCCUCGCCCAAGAAAUCCAAGAAAACACCGCCGCCAGUUCCCGCCAAAAAGACCUCGCUGACGCGCAUGAGAGCGCCCUCAUUUGAAGAGUCAGACUCUGACUGGUCUGGCAAAGCCAUCGAGUCAAAACCAGCGUACGCCGAUGGGAAAGUCAAUAUAGAAUCCCAUUCAAAGCCACAGUUUACCGAGGGACUUUGCGACCGGCGGAUCGUGGAGGGCAAGUCGGCCGUGCUAGAGUGCCGAGUCACCGGCGAGCCCGAACCGGACAUCUUCUGGUACUGUGACGAAGUGGAGAUCGGGGAGACAGACCCCAAGUAUCGGUACGAAUUUGAGGGAGAACACGGUGUUUCAUUGGUGGUCAAUAAUGCCAGGAUGAGUGACGCAGGAACCUACACGUGCAAGGCUGUCAAUGCAGCUGGGACGGCCGAGAGUUCAGCUCAACUCAUCGCUGGAGUGCCUGCAAAAAUUGAGUCCGGCCCGAAGAACAUCCAGGUCAUCGCGGGUCAAACCCUCAGCAUCUCAUGCCAAAUAACCGGCAGCCCAGAACCGGAAGUCACGUGGACCAAGUACCGGAAAGAGGUGGAGGAAAGUGAGCGCAAACACAUAGACGUGACAGAGAGUGCUGCAACGCUCGUCAUACGUCAAGCCGACGAAGGGGAUGGCGGGCGAUAUACUCUGUCCGUCUGUAAUGAGCUGGGUGGAGAUUGCUUCGAGAUAUCAGUCAGUGUCGUAGAUAAACCUGACCCUCCCUCCGGUAAGCCAACGGCUUCUGACGUCACCCGUACCUCCCUAACCCUCUCCUGGCCCGGUCCCUCCUAUGAUGGCGGUAGUCGCAUUCUGGGCUACGUCAUCGAAAUGUGUCGCGCUGACGACAAGAAAUGGGAGAACGUCACCUCCACAGUCAGCACGUCACACGUCAUAGCUGACUUGGAACCAGAAGUGGAGUAUCUCUUCCGGGUCGGUGCAGAAAACGAGCAUGGAGUCAGCGAGCCCAGUCCGGUUUCGGACCCUGUGCUGACUGUUGUGAAAACGGCAUGCGGAAACGAUGAGAAGACUGGUGGCGAGUCUGAUGAAGAGACAGAAGAAUUUGUAGUUCGUGGUGACGUCGCGAUCCGAACUGACAAGGAGGUCACUGAGCUCUACGAUAUGAAGGAACAAUGUGGAAAAGGGCGCUUUGGCGUUGUGUAUCGUUGCUUGGAGAAAAAGAGCGGCAAACAAUUUGCCGCCAAAUUCAUCAAGAUCAAAUCAUCUGAUCGCCAGGCGGUGAGAUCGGAGAUUGUCAUAAUGAACGAGUUGCAUCACCCCAAGCUGCUGCAGUGUGUAGACGCAUUCGAAGGGCCAAGGCAGGUGGUCAUGGUCAUGGAAUUCAUCGCCGGUGGUGAGCUAUUCGAGCGCGUCAUCGAUGACGAUUUCGUCCUGACCGAGAAGGACGCCAUCAAAUUCAUGCGUCAGAUCUGCGCAGGCGUGCACUACAUGCACCUACAGAACAUCCUCCAUCUUGACCUGAAACCUGAAAACGUCAUGUGUGUGGACACCCACGGCUGCCGGAUCAAGCUGAUAGACUUUGGCCUGGCCCGGAAGUUCGACCCCACCAAGAGCACAAAGGUCAUGUUUGGGACGCCAGAGUUCGUUGCCCCAGAAGUGAUUAAUUACGAGCAGAUCAGCUUUGCGACUGAUUUGUGGAGUAUUGGAGUCAUCUGUUAUAUUUUGCUGAGUGGUUUGUCUCCGUUCAUGGGCGACUCAGACGCAGAGACGCUCAACAAUGUCACGGCGGCAGAAUGGGACUUUGAAGACGAGGCUUUUGAUGACAUCACGGACGAGGCUAAAGAAUUUAUAGAAAAGCUACUCAUCAAGAGGAAAGAAAAACGCCAGACUGUUGAGGAAUGUCUCCAGCACAAAUGGCUGAACAAAGACAUCAAGACAAUGAAAGCCACGCAGCUGUCUACGGCUAAACUGAAGAAGUUCGUGGCUAGGCGCAGAUGGCAGAAAACCACUACUGCAGUCCGGGCGAUAGGCCGCAUGGCUUCACUCACCAUGUUCUCUGGAUUGAAGAAGGCCAACGAACAGUCUCCGCCUUGCUCACCGACCCACAAAUCUCUCCUCAAAUCCACCCUCAAGAAAGGACUAGAAGACUCGGGUAAACUGCCUCUCUCCCAUCACAAGGAAGAAGACGACCUGUCAAAGAAAACAAGAGAAGAAGUAGAACUUAGUGGUAAACUAGAGGUGGAGCAAACGAGUCCUAAAGUGAAUGAACAUGCGAAGAAAAACUCCAGUGAGAACAACAAUGAUGAUAAGACAUCAGUGAAUGAUGUGAAUGGUUUGGGUGACGACGAAGAAACGAACUUGUCGAGUGGGUUGCAGUCUAAGGAUGUACCGGACUCUGCUCUCAGUCGCCCACCACAAAUUACUAAGCAAAUCAUGGACGCUACCGUGUUCGAAGGAGACUGCGCGCGAUUUGACUGUCGCAUGGAGGGCGAACCGGAACCGGAAGUCACGUGGUACCAGGACGAUGAGGAGAUUCAGGAGAGCCGUCGGUUUCUGAUUGAGCAAGAUGAUGAGGGCGCUUGUUCGCUCAUCAUCAAGAACGUGUGCGAGGACGAUGAUGCCGAGUACAUGGUGGAGGCCGUCAGUUCGGCUGGAAAGGCGUCUAGUAUAGCGGAGCUCAUUGUACAUGUCCCACGUAGGAAAUGAAUGCAUAUAUAUAUAUAGUGAAACCCAUCGAGCAAUUUGCUGCAUUUUAGGCUCAGUGUCGGUAGUCUCUGCCAUAGUCGUUUGUAACGGUUUAAUUUGAACUGUCAAAGGUAAGUGGAGGAGUUCAGAUCGUUUUCAUGUCUUUUUGUCUUAGGAAAUGAAUGUUAAUAGAUCUAUGCAACAUUUCCUCCAUAAUAUUAAUGAUAAAUUGUACAGCUUUCUUAGCUCUGUCCAAUAUUUUAAAUCAUGUAUGUACAGACCUACAGUGUAUCAUAAAAUUUUUUUACUAGUGGAAAGAUUUUGACGAUAUAAUAGGAUAUUCAAGCUGUAGUAUUCAGUAAGUGUCGGAAUUCGUUAAGAUUCAAUUCUUUUUGAAGGCUUUUUAUAUAGCUAUUUGUAAAUAUUUACUGUAAAAAAAGAAGUUCGGUGCUUUUUCGCCAUGUUCUUUUUUGUUUAAAUGUUUUUGGUAGAUUUAUUUUAAAACCUCAUUGCAGUCAGCAGUGCUGUGAAGAGUUUCCUGUUUUCUGAAAAUUGGCAUAACAAAUCUUAUGAUGAUGAUAAUGCUGAAGUUUGUUUGAAACGUUUUUUUCAAAAGUGACCUGGCUGAAUUUGUGUUAAAUUUUUUUUUUUAUGAUUAAAGAAAUCUACGUCGCUCUACGAAAUAGCUGAUUUUGUUUUAUCUCAAAGGAAACAUUUAUUGCUUUCACCCUUCAACGUUUAAUAGUGUGUCUGAUCAUUAGGAUCAUUAAUUCUUUGAGUUAGCAUUACCUUGCUGUGUAUUCUACAAUUUUCUCUUGAAAUAUUGUUAUCGUGUAGUAAUUGACAUUAUUUUUUUAAAAAGGUAAAGUAAUAUUGGACCAAACUUGUACGUUUCUUAAAUACCCCUCCAACGAAUGUAGUGAGUUGUUUUAAUUUAAAAAAAAAGUCGUGUGAACAUAUUUAAGGUAAUUCAGAUAUUUAUGGCCGCAGAUAUUGAGGUUUUGUACUUCACAAUGUACUUAUUUGUUCUUUUCAUAUUUUCUACAUUUUUAAUAGAUUUGAGAUCUUUCAUCUAGAAACGUAGUUCGUUUCCCAAGCCAUAAUGCAUUUAUUUUCAAUUCAAUCGUUUCCUACCAUAAUAUGCAUUAGUAUAAAUAUUGCAUUUAGGAUUUAGCCCUGCAUUUAGCAUGUUGCAUGUCGAAUUUUAUUAACUAUCAAAUAUAUAUACCAAGUGGUACAAAAUCUCCAUGUAUGAUGCUUAAUGUACAAUGUAUACAUAAUAAUGGUGGUUCAUGAAUACUUUCACCCUAUGUGUAAGCCUACUUUGUGAUUGAAUUCCUAAAGCAGAUAAUCACGCUGUGCUAUUUUCGCGACCAAAAUAUCUUACCAAUGUACUUUGUAAUAAUAAAGAAGAUAUUUUUGGCAUGGGGUAUUAAAUGGGCCGGGAUUAUCAAUUGGGUAAAUCUCACUCACAAAUUUCAAUUAUGCUCUUCAGUUUUAAAUAUUUUUUUUGUUGCCAGCUUUCAUUCAGAAAAAGUGUUUUUAUAACCAAGAAAAGACUGGAUUGCAAACAAAUAAACCGAAUCGUCUGAGUAAGGACGCUUUCUAAAAUCUUUCAAAAUGCAAUCAAAACACUCGGCUCUAUUCAGGUCUCUAAAUAAUGGGUUAUUUACUAACGCUUAUACAGUGCUCUUGUAGAGGCAAUGCAUACACACUGUGCAGUUUUUCUUCUAGGGAUAGAUACAGAGAAGUUAUCAGUAACUUGUAUUAAAUUCAUAGUUUGAAUUUCUUACCAUUAUAAUGGAGUUGCAUGCAUCCCCAGAAUGACCGCCAAGAUAGUACACAGGGUAUCAAUAUGUAAUCGGACGCUGAGAGUAUAAUAGUGAUAGAUACGUUUCAAUACUAUCCGGAAUUGUUAUGUAAUAAUUUUUUUCACUCCGAUUUUAUCGAAUAAAUUAAAAGUGCGUUAAAAAAAUA